AGACUUCCCAUUUGGUAUCAGUCUGAGCCAGAAUCUGGCUCUGCAAGCAUGGUUGCCUUCCAGCCUCACUUUUGGGUUGUCUUCCUGACUGGGGCUAUUCUUGGGGCCUCUGCUGUGGAAACAUUCCUUGCUGCCGUCUAUGAGCAUGCUGUUAUACUUACAGGACCCACCCCCAAACUUGUCUCUCCAGAAGAAGCCCUGAACUUAAUGAACAGAAAUCUAGACAUCUUAGAAGAAGCCAUCAAGACAGCUGCUGAACAGGGAGCCCGUAUCAUUGUGACCUCUGAAGAUGGCAUUUAUGGGUGGGUCUUUACUCGGGAAACAAUUUAUCCUUAUCUUGAGGAUAUACCAGAUCCUGAAAUAAACUGGAUUCCAUGCAAUGAUCCAGAAAGGUUUGGAUUUAACCCAGUGCAGAAAAGGCUUAGUUGCAUGGCAAAGAAUUAUGGCAUCUAUGUGGUUGCCAAUAUGGGCGACAAAAAACCGUGCAACUCCAGUGAUCCUAAGUGUCCCAGUGAUGGACGCUAUCAGUACAAUACCAAUGUUGUUUAUGAUUCAGAAGGAAAGUUUCUGGCCCGUUAUCACAAGUACAACCUUUUUGCCUCAGAAAUCCACUUCAAUUUUGCGAAGGAGCCACAGUUUGUCAACUUCAACACCUCCUUUGGGAAGUUUGGUGUUUUCACUUGCGCUGAUAUGCUUAACUUUCGUGAACCUGCCAUCUCAUUGGUGGAAAAAUUCAAGGUGGACACCAUCCUUUUUCCGACUGCUUGGUUAAAUACUCUACCCCUUUUGUCUGCUGUUCAAUAUUACUCAGCCUGGGCAAUGGGAAUGCGUGUGAAUGUCCUUGCGGCUAAUAUACACAAACCCAGUUUGGACAUUACUGGGAGCGGCAUUUUUACACCCAAUGGCCCAAAGACGUAUCACUUUGAUAUGGAAAGCCAGAGUGGCAAACUCUUGCUCGCAGAAAUUGAGGCACGUCCCCGUCUUUCUCCCACCUACCUGCCAACUUUCAACUGGAGCUUGCAUGCAUCGGGGCUUCCACAUUUCUCACCAGAGAGCCUAGUAUUUCACAACAGUAUCUAUUUUGAUAAUUUCACCUUUACAGAACUAGCGCAGGAGGCAGGAAACUAUACCGUCUGCCAGAAAAACCUCUGCUGUUAUUUGAACUACAGUAUGGCAGAGAAGCAAGAGGAUGAAGUUUAUGCUUUGGGUGUUUUUGAUGGGCUUCAUGUGAUUGAAGGAGAAUAUUAUUUGCAGAUCUGCACACUCCUGAAGUGUAACAACACAGAUCCUAAGUCAUGUGGCCAGCGAGUUGAUACUGCUGCUACCAGGUUCAACUUCUUUUCCCUCAGUGGCUCAUUUAACACUAAUUAUGUGUUUCCUGAAGUGCUACUCAGCGGGACCCAACUGGCUCCUGGAGAAUUUAAGGUUUUGCCUGAUGGACAGAUGAUAAGUGAGAAAGGCCUGUCAAAACCACUUUUAGUGGUAGCUCUUUUUGGAAGAUGGUAUGAAAAAGACUCUCCACACCCUACCUCCACCACACCAUGAACCAGGCCUUUACUUUCAUGUGAUCAAUAUUAUUCUGUGGUUUGAAAAUAUUAACCCUAGCAUAGAAAUUAUGUCUAUUUUCUAACAAUUCUGG